CCUUCUACCUUCUUGGUGUUUUCAUAUUCCAUAUUUCCACCCUCUUUGCUUCUUCUUCCUGAAAUUUUGGAGAUGGCAAGUUCUCGUCUCUCGAGGUUCGUCAUGGAGGCUGCUCCGCCUCAGUUCGUUAGCGUCAUGAGGUACCGGACGAGAAAGAUGAUGGAUACGAUCAAUGAGGAGGAGAGAGAUGUCAGCAGCAGUGAUUCUCUUUCGAGUUCAACCUCUUCUAUUUCUGCUGCUAAGGCUUCCUCUUCUGCUGCCGCUGUUGUUGCUGUUGUUUCCCCCAUGACUAACUCAAAGUAUUUCCUGAAGGGAGUGCAGAGUUCUUUUUUGAUGCUCAAAAACUAGAAUAGCUUGAUUUUGAUGUGUGGAAGAUGUAAUAGCAGGUAUAUGCACUGUGUGAGUUAUGAGAGAAUAGCAUAUUAUAUAUGUUUUAUGACAUCAUUUCUGUACAGAGUAAAAAAUAUCCAUGAAUUGAAGAAACAACAAUAUAAUUGGCAUAGCCAU